CGCGCAGCGUUGGAGGGGUAAUGUAUAUAUAACAGGACGCGGGUUGGGAAAUUAAGGUUGGUUCGUUGUUGGUACAUUUGUACGGUCAAGUUGGUUGUCAAUGAGACCAGGUGAUUGGAAUUAUUAUCGUGUUUCCAACUGUCGUAGAGAUGGCGUUGAUGCUGAGGACGUUUUUGGCGAGGCGGUUGAUGACUCCACUCCCGGAGAAGUUUGUGCGAGCCCGCAACAUUUGCAAGACCUCUGCGAGGCUGGAGAAGCCUUCGGUGGCUGUCAAAGAGGCGGAGAUGGCCGGAGGUGAUCCGACCAAACUUGGGCCGCUUAUGAUUAAAGUGAAGCCGUACAUGAAGUAUUGCCUGGUUUGGACCGGGAAGUACAAGAGUGUUUCUGAAGUCCCAGAGAAACUAUCGCACAGCGUGCUGGACAUGGCCCUGAACAAGAUGCGGGUGAAGAUCAGCAUCUACAUGAUGGGCGCCACGGUGCUGGGCUGCUUUGCGUUCGUGUUCGCGGGCAAGCGCAUGGCCAAGGAGGGCGACAGCCUGGCCAAGCGCACCAUCGACCACCACGCGCAGCUUCGCGAGGAGGCGCGCCGGGAGAGGGAGGCCGCGCCAGCCAAGUGAGGCACGGCGUGGCUCCACCUCCGCGCCCGUCCCUUUGGGAGUCGCCCGUUUUCUCGUCCCCCGUCAUCCACCGUAGAGGCCUGCAGUGUGUGCUGAUGUCAGAUCCUGAGGAAUAUAUAUUUUUUUCAAGAGACUGCUGCGAAAGUAAUACGCUAGGUUGCAUCGAUCACAAUUUAUUUUGAUAUGUUGCCACUUUUGUAUGCCGACUAGAAUAGUUGCAAUGCAUGUCAUUUUCAGUUCCUUUCUGUUACUAUAUCAGUAUGAGAGAUUAAUGUAGGUCUGAUUUGAAAUAGUUAUUCUAAAAUAUGGCUUUUAGUAUGUAAAAUUAUAGUAGGUUUUACCUUGUCUCUUUAUGUAAACGUUUAUUAUUUAGCUGUGUCAUCACAAGAAGCUUAUUAAUUGGAGCGGCAAGAGAUAAUGGCAAGAUAUCCAAGCACCAACUUGAAUUUAUGAAUGUUAUAUUUGGAUUUAUGUUACAUGUGUGACUCAGUUUGUGCAUAGGAUGUCCACAUCAAUGUAUUUUAUAAGAUUGAAAAGUAAAUUGUUACUACAUAUGACCUCAAAAUAAAGGAUAUAUGUAUCCCACAUGAUUGCACUUCAGAAGAUAACUACUGUCAAAUAAUGUGUAGAGUAUAUGUCAUGUGAUUUUUGAUGAAAAAAUUUGCCUGAAAAAAUGUUAAAUCUAAAAGUGUUGAAACAAAUAUUUAGGCUGACAAAAAGAUUAAUCUGCCGUGUAAGGAUAUUUAUCUGCGCAACUUUCUUGUGGUGGCACUGUUAGACUGAUAAGUAUUUAGAAUUUUGAGCCCAUAAGAAAGUCCAGUAAAAAUCUACUUUCUGCAUUAAAUUUUUAUUUACCGAUUUUAGGAACUAAGUCUGUGUGACGUCAGUUUCUUUAUAUUUUAUAGAAGACUGAAGUAGUAUAUACUAUUAGAUGUUUAUAUCCAUUUUUAAAUGUAAGUUUUUACUUGUGAAUUGUAAAUAUUAAUAACUGUUUACAAAUCUUUAUUUUAUUUGUGUACUGUAAUAUACAUAAUGAGCAUAAGAAUUAUUAUAAACUUUGGUGUUAUGUGAAGAUUUGUGAAAUAUAUGAACUUAAAAAAGAUAUAUAAAAUUCUGUACUUUCACAAUAAAUUUCAGUUCUACAUUGAUUUUUUUUUCUGCAUCCGCAUGCAAAAGGGAUAGUUAUUUCUAUGUUUGUCCAUCAAGAAUUAAAAAGUCAAUGUUUUGCUCUUUUUUUUUUUUUUUUAACUGUUUCUCGAUGUAAGGUAACAUGAACCACUGAAUAAAUAAUGAAGGCUAAAUGAGCACCUGCAUAGAAACAGAUAUUUAGCCGAGCACUUGUCAGUGGCAGAGUAUCGGAGAGGCAGUCUGCUUCUACAACUCCUGGAAUUAAAAAUAACUGGAAAUACAAAAAAAUACCUUUUCCAGUACUUAAGAAAUAUGUUAAAAUAACAUAUUGCUUCCAAGUUAUGCGACUCCCUCUUAAGGUUUUCGGAACCCUCCGGUCAAUGCUUUGCCUCCCCGCCAAAUCCUCGCCCUACAAAGUUCGAAGCUUGACUAUCCGAACACUUGUGAACUAAUAAAAUGAGAACCAUGCUCUAUGCCAGUUGAUUUUAGAGGAGUUUCAGAGUGCAGUGGCGUGGCAAGUGGGUGGCAGGGAUGGCCUCUGUCAGGGGCGCUGCAGCGACGGUUUCGCGUUAUAGAAACCCCCCCCCCCCCCCCCCCCCCCACUUCUCUUUUAAUCCAAGAGGGGUCCCCAUUUUAAAUUCUGGCCAGGGGCACCAGUCACCUUAGCUAUGCCAUUGUCUGAGUGGUGGAGUGAUAACCUUUUAAUUUUUCUGCACCAGAUUUUCCCAUUAUGAAAAAUUUUUUCUCCUUACUCUAUGCUCAAAUGUGAUGUAGGUAAAGUCACUACUUGUCAUGAGAGAAUAAAAACCCAUUAUAUUGCUUGAUUAGACAUGUGUGCAUCACUAAAAUGUGUUGGUAUUACCUGUGCAAGCAGUAAAUGUAAAAAGUAGGUAGGUUUAAAUAAGUUUGUUCUGCUAAACAGAAUACUUUUAUACGUUUUCCCCAUGUUUAUUCAUAACAAGCAUUGUAAUAAAAUUUUCUGAUUUAAAGGAAGGUAAAAGAGGGAGUAUUGAAAUCACAACAGGUAAGUUAGACCCUUUGAAAUUUUUAGUGUUUUAAUGCAUGUUUUGUACAAGUUAUUUUUUUUUUCAAUUUUAUCAAUGGACAUAUAUUUGGUAUGAAAAAAUUUCAUUCAAAAAUAAUAAAAUAGUAAAGCCAUUUAUUUAUGUGGCAUAG